AUGUCAAGUUCACCAGAUGGGCGGAAGGCCCCUCCUCCGAGGCUGAAGAUUCAACUUCCUUUACCAGGCCAGUAUUAUCCGCAGACUGGUAUGGGAUACGUUUCAACCCCAUAUGGUCAAACUCCUAUGCCGAUGACACCGGUUUCCGGCCAACCGCAGAUGCUUUACGCGAACAAAGCCAGCGAAUUUGUAUUUAGCCAGUUCAAAGGUAUCAAGGAUCUGACCAAAUCUGGAUUGAGCGUCGGCGAGAAGAGCGCAUUUUGGCUUUACGAGAAGGUCAGUUCCUGGAGCAAACGAUGGUUCACGCAUAUUUUCUUAUUUGUUAUCGUGCUUUUGUACAGUAUUGGAGGCGCGAUGAUAUUUGUCACGAUCGAGGGAACCAACGAAGAAGUGGCGCAUGGUAACAUUCGAAAAGAAAGGGACAAAACAUUGAUCACGAUUAGGGAGUUGUGCAACGAUCAGGUACUGGCUACGAAUUCGGAUCUUUGGAAUGGACGAGCGAGGAAUGAAUUGAUGAAAUACGAGGAACAUUUGUACGAUUAUUUCAAGCGUGGGUUGUCGGAUCAUGAGCAGAAAGUGUGGACCUUUUGGAACGCUGUGUUUUACUGUGGUACCAUUUACACCACCAUAGGUGAGUCACGAUAUUGA